AUGCCAGAAACCGGUGACGUGUCCGCUAAUUCGGCGCCCGUGGUGAACAUGCACACGCCGCGGAAUUUCCGCGCGCCACCUUUCCUUGAAAACAAAAUCAAGGAUUGGUUCACGCUGUUGGAGGCGCAGUUCGUCACUGCGGGUAUUACAGACGACAACAUUAAGUAUUGUAAUACCAUCUCGAGUUUGACGGAGAGGGCCAUCAACCAGAUGGAAGAUGUCCUGACAGAGCCACCCGAUACGGACAAGUACACGGAUUUGAAGACGAAAAUGGUCGAGCGGUUCACGGAAUCCGACGGCGCGCGAGUGCGGAAGUUAUUAGAAGGAGAGCAGAUAGGCGACCGUAAGCCAUCAGAAUUUUUCCGUGCCUUGAAAGCGCAUGCCACCGCGAACACUUCGGAGGAGUUCAUACUCGAACUGUGGAAAACGCGCCUGCCCUCGCAAUUGCAGACAGUUAUGGCGGCUUCCAGCGAGACAGCCGUAGAUAAAAUUCUGAAACUGGCCGACACGGUCCAUGAGAUAACUCCCAGUAAACAGGUCAACGCGGUCAAUGAUAUGUCGGGAUUAUUCGAACAAAUUCAGAAGUUGACCAUUCAAGUGAACGCGUUAACGCAAGACCGAAGUCGCUCCCGCGCUAGAGGAGCAUCUCGUGCGGCUCGCAGCCGACCGUCCACACCUGCAUCGGCGCGCAUCGAGCCGACGGAGUUGUGCUUCUAUCACCGUCGCUUCAAGGAACGUGCAACGAAGUGCCGCAGUCCGUGUACCUGGUCGGGAAACGACGCGCGUCGUCAGUGA